AAAAUAAAACCUGCUCUCCUGAUCAGUUCCAUUGUGGAUCCUCUUCUGCUUUAUGUAUACCAGUCACUUGGAGAUGCGAUGGUCAGGAAGACUGUCCCGAUGGUUCUGAUGAAAAAGAUGACUGUCGACAAAUAACAUGUACAGAAGAAGAAUUUACCUGUGAUAAUAAUAAAUGCAUAACACGCCGCUGGCUCUGUGAUCAAGAUAAUGACUGUGGAGAUUUCAGCGAUGAAAAAUCAUGUCCAAAUGCAACUUGUUCCUCUUCCGAGUUCUUGUGUUCAAAUGGUAAGUGCAUACCGGACCGCUGGCGUUGCGAUGGAGAUGUAGAUUGCAUUGAAGAUGGGUCAGAUGAGCUGACCUGUCCAAAGGUGACAUUGAGAUCACCAUGUGCAAGCAAAGAAUUCACGUGUAAAUCUAGGGACUGUAUUCAUCAGAGUUGGGUUUGUGAUGGAGAUGCAGAUUGCCCGGACAGAUCUGACGAAGCCAAUUGUACCAUUACAUGCCGUCAAGAUCAGUUCCAGUGUCGUAAUAAACAGUGUAUACAUGGAACAUUACAGUGUAAUUCUGUGAAAGACUGUGAAGAUGGAUCAGAUGAAGAAAAUUGCAAAACUCAAAUUCCAGUGAGCUGUGAUCCAAUGAAGCAUUUUGACUGCGGCGACAAGCACUGCAUUCCCAUUGAGCUGGCCUGCAAUCAGAAAAAUGACUGCGGAAACUGGGAAGACGAACCACGGGACAAAUGCUUCAUCAAUGAGUGCCCGGUAAAUAAUGGGGGCUGUUCCCAGAAGUGUGUCGAUGAUCUUAUCGGCUUUCACUGCGAGUGUCACCCAGGUUAUAAACUGUUUGAUAAUCAAACUUGUGAAGAUAUUGAUGAAUGCGAAAUACCGGGUUCUUGUUCUCAACUCUGCAACAACACAAAAGGAGGCUUCAAGUGCUCUUGCCUUGAAGGCUACAGCAUUGAACCAUUUAACCACCAUCGUUGCAAGGCACAACAGGGACAUGGUGCAUUGCUCUUUGCCAAUCGUCGAGAUCUUCGCAAGAUCGAUCUGGAAACUUCGGAAUACACAUUAGUAUCUAGUGGCCUUCGAAGUGCAGUGGCGAUCGAUUAUGACUUUGCUAAAAGGAUGGUCUUUUGGAGUGAUGUUUUAGAAGAAAGAAUAUAUAGCAUAAGAUACGGUUCUUGGAUUCGCGAAUUAGGAAAUAAGGGAAUACGCUUAACUGAUACCCAAGGGAAUCCAGGCCCUAUUGAAGUACUGUUAGGGGCAGACGUUGCAGGGAAGUUAUUUACUGGCAAACGAGAAGAACUAAGAACAGGUUUAGUGGCUAUAGAAACAAAAUUGGGUUGGACUUUGAUGGGUAAAGUACCUCAAUCCGAACAUCAGCACAAUGUAAAUAUGACUAUAGUUUCUAUGUUAUCUCAAGAAGACCUGCCUAUUUCAUCGUUGUGGGACUUAGAAUUAUUGGGUAUCCGAGAUCCUGUUGAACAAAAAACUAAAGAAGAGUCAAGAAGAGCUAUUAUGGUUCAUUUCCAAGAAACAGUUCGUCAAUUAGAAAAUGGUAGAUACGAGGUUGAUAUGCCUUGGAAAAUUGAGCAUGCAGUCUUACCUGACAAUUAUGACCUAUCUUUGAAAAGACUCGAAUCUACUACGAAGAAGUUGGAAAAAAUCGGAUAUCGUGAAAGGUAUCAUGAAGUCUUUAAUGAAUGGCUGCAGGAAGGAGUGAUUGAAGAAGUUCCCCAAAAGGAGUUGUCUUUACCCGUUGUUCAUUACCUCCCACAUCGUCCAGUCAUUAAGGAAACGUCCUCACUAUCUUCCAUGAAAAUUAGACCCGUUUUUGAUUGCUUCGGCAAAGCUUUCUAA